ACUAGCUUAAAUCCUCAGCAAGAUCACAUCUACAACUCAAACAAAAAAAAUGGGUUUUGCAAGAAUAAUAAUGGUGGCUGUUGUUGCAGCUAGCAUAGUUUCCAUGGCAUCUGCCAUCGCUGGAACCGCAACAUUCUACAGCCCGAUUGUCCCGUCAUCAUGCUACGGGUUUGAAGACAGAGGCACAAUGGUAGCAGCUGCAAAUCCCGCACUAUUCAACAAUCGUGCAGCCUGCGGGGACAGAUACACCGUCCAGUGCACUGGGCGCACAAACGAUGGGGUGCUGCAGCCAUGCCGCAACGGCCCCAUCACUGUCACCAUCGUUGAUCUCUGCCCGGGUUGCGCUGCCGACCAGAUCGAUCUCUCUGAGCAAGCUUUCAACCAAAUUGCUGACCCUGCCGCAGGAAGGAUCAGGAUUGAAUAUAACCGGGUGGUUUGAUUGAUUCAAGGAUGGCAAAAAUAACAUCUUAUUUAUAUAUGGAUCUUUUUCUUCCUACAAUGUUUUAUUACUACAACUUCUUGUCAAUAAAUGGCCGGGAUAUAUAUACUGGCCUCUUGGAAAAUGAUGUACUAGUCACUUUAUUUGGAAUAAACAAUUUAUUAUAUGAUGUAUGUCCUAUGAAA